UCACCUCCUUUUUCUCUUCUUUGUUUCCUCCAUUUCUCACCUCCUCCAACCACUUCUCCCCCAAAUUCACACACACAACACACACUAAACCCUCCCCCACUCCCUCCCUCCCUCCGCCGCCGGAGCAUCAAAUUCCACCAGAAAUGGACUUCAAUUCGCUGCUCCCGUUCCCCGAUUUGAACCACCUCCCCUCCUCCUCCUCCACCUUCCCCGCCCCUCUCAUCGUCCCCAAAAUCGAACCCAAGCUCGAGCCUCUUGACGAAACCCUACCGUCUCCGAUGCCUCUGGCGGCGCCGCCCGGUCUCGACCUCUUCUCCGAAUACAAUCGUCUCUGCGGUUUAUUCCACUCCACAAUUCCCGGUGGAAUUCAGCCAAACGGCGCCGUUUCAGCUCUUCCGAAUUCGCACCCCGAUUCGCUGGCGCUCGUGCCCGUGCCCGACCCGAAUCCGAGCCCGAACCUCUCCGAUGUCGUCGUUCUGUCGGCGCCUGGAAGCGGGCGGAAGCUGCCGAACCGCUCCGCUGAGCUGGUGCGGAUCACGGAUCUCAAGGCGGAGGACGAGCUCUACUUCCGCGACAAGGUGAGGAAGACGCGGAUGCUCUUCGAGUCGCUGCGCGUCUUCGUAAUCGUGGAGGACGAGAAGCGGCGGGACGCCAUGGGCGCGAACCGUCGCACGAGGGGGGAUUUGAAGGCGGCGGCGAUAAUGAGGGAGCGGGCGCUGUGGAUGAACCGCGACAAGAGGAUCGUGGGGAGUAUACCGGGGGUUUUGGUAGGCGAUGCUUUCUUUUUCAGGAUGGAGUUGUGUGUGAUUGGAUUGCACGGGCAGGCGCAGGCCGGGAUUGAUUACGUUCCGUCCAGCCAGAGCUCGAAUGGGGAGCCGAUUGCGACAAGCAUCAUUGUUUCAGGUGGAUAUGAAGAUGAUGAGGAUUCAGGGGAUGUGAUAGUGUACACUGGGCAUGGAGGGCAGGACAACCAUGGGAGGCAGGUGAUGCACCAGAAGCUUGAGUGUGGGAAUUUGGCUUUGGAGAGGAGCAUGCAUUAUGAAGUGGAGGUGAGGGUGAUUCGCGGCUUUAAAUAUGAAGGCAGUCCUAAUGGUAAGGUUUAUGUAUAUGAUGGAUUGUAUAAGAUUGUUGAUACUUGGUUCGAUGUUGGGAAGUCGGGGUUUGGGGUUUUCAAGUUCAAGCUUAUUAGGAUAGAGAAUCAGGUGGAGAUGGGGAGUAGUAUCUUUAAGUUUGCUGUGAGUUUGAGGACGCAGCCGUUGGGAGCCCGGCCUAGAGGCUAUAUCUCGCUUGAUUUGUCGAAAAAGAAGGAGAAAUUUCCGGUUUUUUUCUUCAAUGAUGUUGAUAUGGAUCAUAGUCCGAUGUAUUGCGACUAUCUUGUUACUACUGUUUUUCCACCGUAUGUGUAUAAUGUUGGAAGGGGUAAUGGUUGUAAUUGUGCUGGGGGUUGUCUGGAUGAUUGCUUUUGUGCUAUGAAAAACGGGGGUGAAUUUGCGUAUGAUUUGCAGGGGAUUUUGGUAAGGGGGAAGCCUUUGAUAUUCGAGUGUGGGCCACAUUGUAGUUGCCCUCCCACUUGUCGUAAUCGUGUGACGCAGAAGGGGGUUAGGAAUAGAUUUGAAGUGUUUAGGUCGAAGGAGACUGGUUGGGGAGUGAGGUCACUGGACUUGAUCCAGGCUGGUUCUUUUAUUUGUGAGUUUGCGGGAGUUGUUCUCACUCGAGAGCAAGCACAGAUAUUCACAAUGAAUGGUGAUAGGUUGGUUUACCCUAGCCGUUUUACUGGAAACUGGAAACAAUGGGGCAAUUUGUCAGCAGUAUUCUCCGAUUAUGUUUGCCCAGAAUCUCCAUCAACCCCUCCUCUGGAUUUUACCAUGGAUGUUUCUAGAAUGAGGAACAUUGCAUGCUAUUUGAGCCAUAGUACAAGUCCGAACGUCAUGGUGCAGUUUGUAUUGUAUGAUCAUAAUAACUUAUCUUUCCCGCAUCUCAUGCUAUUUGCUAUGGAGAAUAUACCUCCCCUUAGAGAGCUGUCUCUUGAUUAUGGUGUAGCUGAUGAAUCAAAUAUGGGAAAACUUGCAAUCUGCAACUAAUCCCUGUUAUUUAAAGUUGGAUUGAUGGUAAACAUGCUGGAUGGAGCCUUUGCUAAGGUACACAUGACAAUACAGGCAAGGCAUUAAACAUAUGCACUGGUUAGAAGAUUCCUUCACAUACUUUUUGCGCUCGUUUCUGAUGGUUGUGGAGGUAGCUGCUGAUUCCGGGCCCUGGAGAUUACUGCUGGUAUGUGCCUUGAUGCGUUUUGACAUCCCUGCAGCGCACAGACGGUAAAUAGAAAUACGAGUAUGCAGGUGCUCUCUGCUUGAUGGAUUCGUCUAAAUAUCCGAGAAGUAAAUGCUGCACGCUCUACUCCAGAUAUUAGAAAAUCUUCGGUGAGAGUAUCCUUUUGUCAUCAGUCUGUAUAUAUGAAAUUCCAACGUGCAUCAUAUAGGGGUAAGUUCUUGGAUAAUUUCUUGCUAACAUAAAAUCUCUGAGCUAGCUGUGGGAGCCAUUUGCUUUUUGUCUUUUUAACAAUCUCCCCAUUUUUUGCAUUCCGAAAUUUAUAGAACCAUAUUUGAUAUAUCUGAUAUGUAAUUGUCAUUUGUUUCCACACUUAGUCAGUAGUACACUUAUGUAAGUUGUAGACAAUGAUGAUGACGACAACGACGAUGUCUGUGUGUGUUACUUAUUUUUACUCUACUUGCUUUCUGCGGAAAGUGGUAGAUGAUGAUUCA